CCCCUAAUUAAUUACCCCAUCCUCUCUCUCCCCGCUCCCCUCCUCCCCCAGAUCUCAAACCCUAAUUCGUCCAGAUCUGAAGAAUUCCAUGGCGAUCUCGCCCAGAUCUCCCUCGAUCUGGGCCUGGGCCUUCUCCCUCCUCCUCCUCCUCUUCUCGGCCCAGAUCUGGCCCGGCGCCGCCUUCUACCUCCCAGGGAGCUACCCUCACAAGCACCAAGUCAACUCCCCCCUCAACGUUAAAGUCAACUCCUUGACCUCCAUCGACACCGAGCUCCCCUUCUCCUACUACUCCCUCCCCUUUUGCCAACCCCCCGACGGCGUCAAAGACUCCGCAGAGAACCUCGGCGAGCUCCUGAUGGGCGAUCGGAUCGAGUCCUCCCCCUACCAAUUCAAAACCCUAGUCAACGAAUCCGACGUCUUCCUCUGCCUAACUAAACCCUUGUCAAAAGACGACUUUGCCCUCUUCGCCAAGCGAAUCGACGAGAUGUACCAGGUCAACGUCAUGCUGGACAACCUCCCGGCGAUUCGAUACACGAAGAAAGAGGACGGCUUUGUGCUCAGGUGGACCGGCUACCCAAUUGGGGUCAAGGUUAGCGACGCUUAUUAUGUGUUCAAUCACCUAAAGUUUACUGUUUUGGUUCAUAAGUAUGAGGAGCCGAAUGUUGCGAGAGUCAUGGGGACUGGAGACGCUCCUGAGGUUAUCCCGAUGACGAAGAAUAAUGAGAACCCGGGGUAUAUGGUUGUGGGUUUCGAGGUUGUGCCUUGUAGCUUUCAGCACGAUUUGGAAUCGGUGAAGAAUUUGAAGAUGUACGAUAAGUAUUCGACGAAAAUCCAGUGUGAGCCUUCGACGGUGGCGAUGCAACUGAAGGAGAAUCAGCCGGUGGCGUUUACUUAUGAGGUCGCGUUUGUUGAGAGCGAUAUUAAGUGGCCAUCGAGGUGGGAUGCUUAUUUGAAGAUGGAAGGGGCGAAGGUGCAUUGGUUCUCGAUAUUGAAUUCGUUGAUGGUGAUUACUUUCUUGGCGGGGAUUGUGUUGGUUAUAUUCUUGAGGACGGUGAGGAGAGAUUUGACGAGGUAUGAGGAACUGGAUAAGGAGGCACAGGCGCAGAUGAAUGAGGAGCUCUCGGGGUGGAAAUUGGUGGUCGGUGAUGUGUUUAGGGCGCCAGGUAAUCCGAGGUUGUUGUGUGUGAUGGUGGGAGAUGGGGUUCAGAUCCUUGGGAUGGGGGUUGUUACAAUCUUAUUUGCAGCUCUUGGGUUCAUGUCUCCGGCUUCAAGAGGGACUUUGAUCACAGGUAUGAUUUUCUUCUACUUGAUUCUUGGAAUCGCGGCCGGUUAUGUUGCAGUCAGACUUUGGAAAACCCUCAACUGUGGUAAUCCCGCUGGAUGGGCGAAUGUAUCAUGGCGUGUCGCUUGUUUCUUUCCUGGUAUCGCCUUCCUAAUUCUUACCACUCUAAAUUUCCUCCUUUGGGGAAGCCAUAGCACAGGGGCAAUUCCUUUCUCUUUGUUCGUUAUCCUCAUCUUGCUCUGGUUCUGCAUCUCUGUACCUCUUACCCUUGCUGGUGGAUACUUUGGGGUGCGGGCCCCUCACAUUGAGUACCCAGUAAGAACAAAUCAGAUUCCUCGCCAAAUCCCUCCUCAAAAAUACCCAUCGUGGUUGUUGGUUCUUGGUGCCGGUACCCUUCCAUUUGGCACUCUCUUUAUUGAGCUCUUCUUUAUAAUGUCAAGCCUAUGGAUGGGCCGAGUCUACUAUGUCUUUGGGUUUCUCUUUAUCGUCAUGAUCCUUCUUGUCGUUGUGUGUGCUGAAGUUUCUCUAGUUCUUACCUACAUGCACCUUUGUGUUGAGGAUUGGAAGUGGUGGUGGAAAGCGUUUUUCGCAUCUGGGUCAGUGGCUAUAUACAUCUUUUUAUACUCGGUUAACUAUCUUGUAUUUGAUCUCAAAAGUCUAAGUGGGCCAGUCUCGGCUACACUCUAUCUUGGAUAUUCACUCUUCAUGGUUUUGGCCAUCAUGCUUGCAACCGGUACGGUUGGGUUCCUUUCUUCAUUCUGGUUUGUGCACUAUCUCUUUUCUUCAGUCAAAUUAGAUUAAGCCCUUUUGGUGGUAGAAGAAGCUUCAGUUGCCCCAGAGCAUAUUGGUGAUAGUAUGGCAAGUGAACAGAUUGUUGUGAUAUCAUGAAUACUGUUUGUAGCCUUGUUGAGGGGGUUAACUAAGGGUUUUUUUACUUUGGAGUUUUAAGGAAGAAAUUGUAUCUCAACACGGAUUAUGUAAUUUUUUUUAUAGUUAUAGAACCUUUUAGAGUUGAUGAGGUGUAAUAUUUUGUCUUGGUGGAACUUCUUUGAUUAUAGGCGUUUGAGUUUGGCCUGUGUGGAUGUAUCAGUCUCUAUACUUAUUUUUACUUCUAUUGAAA